CGUGACUGAUAUUCCAUCCUCGCCAUUUUGCAAUGUGGGAGAGAGAGAGGGGUUACUUUUUAUGGCUAUCGAAUAAAAGAAAGCGGUUUUAUGUGCUGAGGACAAAGAGCGCCUGACGUCUCCGCCGCAGUCAUGGAGGAGAUCAGAAAUGUCAUCACACACUCAUCCACUGCCUCCUCUUCCUCCCCCACGCCGUCGGCACAGGGCUCCUGCUCUCACACACGGCAAGCCAAAGAAAAGGACACCUCCCAGGGUUUUCAGCAGAAAUCAGCUGAUGAUUCUCUCAUCCAGGUUAUAGAGAAGCUCAGCAAGAUCGUGGAGAAGCGGCCCCAGCGCCGCUGCACUUCAGGGGGACAAAAAAGAGGGCACCAAGUGGGGGAAAGAGGAGCUGAGCAGGGCUCGAGGGGAAGCUCUGAUUGUAAGAAAAGUAAAAGUAACUAUAAGGAAGAGGUGGGAUUAGAGAGCAGCACAGCUGACAGCCGUGUUUCCUCACAUAUGUCAGGUGACGAUAACGACAGCGUCACCACCACCGUAGCAGAGGUAGCUGCCAACUCCAACAGCAGCGACCACAAGCGGACAGUGACGUGCUAUCAGUGCAGCCUGUGCCCCUAUCUCUCCCAAACUCUGCCCCUGCUGAAAGAACACCUGAAGCAGCACAACGAGCAGCACAGUGACCUCAUCCUCAUGUGCUCCGAGUGCCACUUUACCUCCACAGACCACGAGCAGCUGGAGGCGCACGUCAGGAUGCACUUUGACAAUGUAGACGACCUGAAGAGGAAUUAUCCAGUGAGCGAGGCGAAGGGAGAAGUUUUAAAAAAGCAGGAUGUGGACCAGACAGGUGAUCUUUGCAGCGCGGGAACCGAAGUAAAGAAUAGCCCAGUGAGCAGUUCCAAGGAGUUACCGCAGAAGAAGAAAUGGUACAGCUACGAGGAGUACGGUUUGUACCGCUGCCUGAUCUGCAGUUACGUGUGCAGCCAGCAGCGAAUGCUCAAAACACACGCCUGGAAACACGCUGGCCUCGUCGACUGCUCCUAUCCCAUCUUUGAGGAUGAAGACGGAGGUUCUGCAAAGAGAGAGGUGCAAGGAGCUUCUAGCAAGUCUGCAACCAGAGAGGAAGUAGUCAUUCUUCAAGAUAAAAGCCUGCAAAAGCUCCCCACUGCCUUCAAACUCCAGCUCUGCAUGCCUAUGGCUGUUGAGGACAAACAGGAAGUGUUGAAUCUUCAAGUUUCUAACCUCAGUGAAAGUCCAAAAACAGAAGAGGACGAGUACCCCAUCAAAGACCUGACCUCUGAGGAGCCCAUGGUGGAGGUGCAGGUGACAACUGAGGCAGAGACAGAGGUAGAGAUAGAUGGUCACCAUGAAAGCUCCUCUGUGACAGACAGCUUGCUGUCAUCAGCUCAGAAGAUCAUCAACAGCAGCCCGAACAGCGCCGGCCACAUCAACGUGAUUGUAGAACGGCUUCCUUCAGCCGAGGAUUCAGUCAUGGCCUCUAACCCGCUUCUUCUCAGCCCAGAUGUGGACGGGGAUAAGAACUUACUGGAAGAAAAAACAGAAGAGCGGGACCAUGUGGAAGGUGUGAAGGAUGAAUUGGUCCUCUGCUACAGUCCAGGUAACACUAAUGGAGCUGAGAUUAAAUCCUCUGUCACUAAAAGUAGUGACUCUUCGAGGGAUGAAAAUGUCCCCCCAGCUGGGCGCAAGAGGACACACUCCGAAUCUCUCCGCCUGCACUCGCUGGCUGCCGAGGCCCUCGUGGCUAUGCCUAUGAGGACGCCCGAGCUGCCCCACUCCGGUGCCAAAGCAAGUACGAAGAACGUUCCCGCACAGGCGCAGAGUCCACAGGCGGGCCCGAAACCUACUGAGGUGGCUGCAGCUGGACAGAAGGCCUCUGACGUAGGAACUGCAGCAUCUUUAGUGAACUACGGUGAGGGCAGAGAGGGGGAUCUAGGAUCUCUGGGCCUGGGGAAAGGAGACGAGGAGGGCCCUGCAGCUAAUGUCGGCAUCAGCCUGUCGCUGCUCACAGUCAUUGAAAGGCUGAGGGAGCGCUCAGACCAGAAUGCCUCAGAUGAAGAUAUCUUGAAAGAGCUUCAAGAUAACGCACAGUUCCAGAAUGGAGCCGGGGUGGUCGCCGGGAACGGAGCGGGGAGCUACGUGUGCAGCGUUCCGGGGAUGGACGGGUUGGUGGGCUCUCCUGACGGCAGUCUGGUGGAUUACAUCCCCGGCAGCGAGAGGCCGUACCGGUGCCGCCUGUGUCGCUACAGCAGUGGCAACAAGGGCUACAUUAAACAGCACCUGCGGGUGCACAGGCAGCGGCAGCCGUAUCAGUGUCCCAUCUGUGAGCACAUCGCCUUGGACAGUAAAGACCUGGAAAACCACAUGAUCCACCACUGCAAGAGCCGCAUGUACCAGUGCAAACAGUGUCCAGACGCCUUCCACUACAAGAGUCAGUUAAGAACUCAUGAACGAGAGCACCACAGCAUCAGUGGUGACGUGGCAGUGCUCACACCAGUCGCUGAGACUCUGGGCACAGCGGAGGAAACUGAGCGGGUCACAGAUGACGAAAGUCUGCAGAAGAUGUAUAAGUGCGACGUAUGCAGCUACACCAGCUCUACGUAUGUCGGGGUGAGGAACCACCGGAGGAUCCAUAACUCUGAUAAGCCUUAUCGGUGCUGCAGCUGCGAUUUUGCCACCACCAACAUGAACAGCUUAAAGAGCCACAUGAGGAGGCACCCUCAGGAGCACCAGGCCGUGCAGCUGCUGGAGCAGUACAGGUGCUCUCUGUGUGGGUAUGUGUGCAGUCACCCCCCAUCGCUCAAAUCCCACAUGUGGAAGCAUGCCGGAGACCAGAACUACAACUACGAGCAGGUUAACAAAGCCAUUAACGAGGCCAUCUCCCAGAGCAGCCGAGCUCCUCAGAAGUUAUCUGCGGUGCUAGAGUCGGUGGCAGAGCGUCCGGCAGUGUCCCCGCACUCGAAGGACAAAGCAAAAAGCCCAGUGGACCCUCUACUAACGCCCACAUCAGCAACUAAAGCCGGUCUGUCAGCUGAAAGCCCAGCGGGCCUCUCCACACCUCCCACAGACCCUACAAAGUGGUCCCCUGAGUCCUUAAGCCCCCUGGGGAAGGACCCUGCGCAGCUUCAGUCCCAGAGCCAUCCACACACAGGCCAGCUCCCCGCCCCGGGCCCCGGCAUGGAGUACUGCGUGCUCUUGUUCUGCUGCUGCAUCUGCGGCUUUGAGUCCACCAGUAAAGAGCGACUGAUGGAGCACAUGAAGGAGCACGAGGGAGACAUCAUCAGCAUCAUCCUGAACAAGGAGCAGCAGCAGCCAGAAGCACAAACGAGCCUGCAGACAGCAGAGUGAGACGCGCCCUUUCCCCUCGUCCUCAACACUCACUGUGCUUUCACAGGCUUUUCAGCAGGUUUCUGUACCUCACUUUCAAAUCUACUGUACUGCAGUAGUUACCAGUAGUAAUCAGUAGUUUCUGAUUG